GCAAAAGGCGUUGAAAUUGCAAAGGGCUGUUCCUUAGAAGUGGCUGCAUAUAAAAAAGAAGAGGGCAGUGAGCCAGUACCUUCAACAUGUCUGGGCUGAAAUACCUUGCAACCUUGAUCUGUUUCAUACUACCCGUAUCGGCUGCUUCGGAUGAAGAUGCUGCGUACUGUAAAAAUGGCAAAAUGUCGGUAAAGAACGUCAGUGAUAUACUUUCCGUCGUUAACGAUAGAAGAACAAAGUUAGUUAAUGGAUUGGAAACAAAAGGAGAGGAUGGAGAUCGUCUUCCCCCGGCAAGAAAUAUGAGAAAAAUGGCAUAUGACUGCAAACUGGAGCAGGAAGCUGAGAAUUUUUUGGAAGUACUGGACUGCGCCAAAGCAAUUCCAGAGCAACGGGAACCUGAUAGGAGUUAUAUCUUUGCCAGUGUUGUACUCCACUAUCCCUUGUGGCGUGACCUCAUAUAUAUCCUAGACUGGGGUUCUGAGAAAGUCUUUCUCAAUGGAAGUCAACCUGUAAAGUACACUGACAAUGAUGGAGAUUUAUUAAACUAUGCCAACCUAAUGCGUGGUAGUGCCUCUAAAAUUGGUUGCGCAGUCAAGACAUGCCCCGAUGAAGAAGACGAAGAUUUCUACAUAGAUUUGUGCCUUACAGACGAGAGGAAUAUCCGCAUUGGAGAAGAAAUCUACGAAACGGGGACCGCAGGAACUUGCGAAUGCGAUGAAUCCUUGAAGUGCGACGGCAUGCUGUGCGUUGUCCCAGUCGAGUUUCCUGGAAGUUCCGACGAACCAAACACCAAGUGCUCAUCGAAAGAAAUUUCCGACACGAUGAGAAUGCACAUGCAAGACACUCACAAUUACCGACGCUCGCAGCUCGCCUUGGGUCAAAUUUCGGACAACAAAGGAAAACCUUUACCAGCCGCCUCCAACAUGAAUUAUUUAGUUUGGGAUUGCGCACUAGAGAGAGAAGCUCACGAUUUUCUCAGAGGCUGUCCAAAAGAAGGCUACAAAAGAACUGAUGAUGACAGCUUAGCGCAGAAUUUCUAUUACGGUAUUACGGACGAGCCAACAUUUAGGGACAUGAAUAAAAAGGCGGUCACCGAAUGGUGGAAACAGGUUCGGAAGGUUGCGGGACCCGGAACAAAAGCCUUCACUACUCAACACAACAGCACGGAGAUAAGAUCAUUCACCCUAAUGGGCUGGGCGUCAAGUAGAGAAAUGGGAUGCUCUAUCGCCAAGUGUGGUAGCUAUUGGGUGGAGGCAUGCCGCUACUAUCCGCCAGGUAACAAAGUCGGCCAAUCAAUGUACAAAUCUGGCAAGGUAUGCUCUAAAUGCGAUGCUUCUGGAGCAAAAUCAUGCGAUAGAAACCUUGGAUUGUGUGGAUCAGAGAAGUGAACGCGCACAUUAUUUGUUGAUUUGGGUCGGGUUUUUAUUCAUUCUUUGUCUGUUCCGUACCUGAUUUUUUCCAAAAUAAAGUUUAUACGGCAUGUA